GCCGGCGAGUGAAAGGCUGAAGGGAAACUGUUGACGAAGGCGUUUUGGCGCCCAAAGUUGAGGGAAUAUAAGACCCUGAAAUGGAGCGAGGAAAGACUGAGGCAGAUGAUAUGUGCGAAUCUUGAGGCGUUCGUGCUCAAAGCUCUUUGACCUUCUCAGGGACUUCUCAGCCGCCGCUGCCGCCCCUUGUUCUGCCUUGAAACUCACCGGCGCCGCCAUGGAUGAUCUCCAGACUCUGAAGACUCGCCUCUGCAUCGUCGGUAGUGGCCCCGCUGCUCACACCGCCGCCAUCUACGCUGCCCGUGCGGAGCUCAAACCCAUCCUAUUCGAAGGUUGGAUGGCCAACGACAUUGCCCCCGGUGGUCAACUCACCACGACCACCGACGUCGAGAAUUUCCCGGGCUUCCCUGAAGGUAUCAUGGGUAUGGAGCUCAUGGAUCGCUGCCGCAGCCAGUCCCUUCGCUUCGGCACUGAAAUCUUCACCGAGACUGUCACCAAAGUCGAUUUCUCAACAAACCCUUUCAAGGUUUUCACUGAUUCCAAGUCCGUUCUGGCUGAUUCCGUUAUUGUCGCUACUGGUGCUGUCGCAAAGCGUUUGAAUUUCAUCGGGUCUGGCGAUGGUCAAGGUGGUUUCUGGAAUAGAGGGAUCUCUGCUUGUGCGGUUUGUGAUGGUGCGGCCCCCAUAUUCAGAGAGAAGCCAUUGGCGGUCAUCGGAGGAGGUGAUUCCGCGAUGGAGGAGGCGAAUUUCUUGACCAAGUUUGGAUCUAAGGUUUAUAUCAUUCAUAGAAGGGAUACUUUUAGGGCUUCCAAGAUAAUGCAGAAUCGUGCAUUCACCAAUCCAAAGAUCGAGGCGCUGUGGAACUCGGAAGUGGUUGAAGCCUAUGGAGAUGGAGCCAAGGGGGUUUUGGGAGGUUUAAAGGUGAAGAAUGUGGUCACUGGCGACGUCUCCGAUUUGAAGGUGUCGGGUUUGUUCUUUGCCAUCGGGCAUGAGCCGGCAACCAAGUUCUUGGAUGGCCAGCUGGAACUCGACUCUGAUGGUUACGUUGUGACGAAGCCGGGAACGACACAGACGAGUGUCGGAGGUGUUUUCGCGGCUGGUGAUGUGCAGGACAAGAAGUACCGGCAAGCGAUUACUGCUGCUGGCACAGGAUGCAUGGCUGCAUUGGAGGCAGAGCAUUACCUGCAAGAGAUUGGUUCUCAAGAGGGCAAGAGUGAUUGACUAUCUGUCUGCUGCUCCAGUAGACAAACGCCUUCACAAAAAAAUGCCUCUUGUCUGUAGAAGCUUUCAGUUUGGAUGUGUUUGCAAUCUCAGUUGCUGUUUUCACAAGAUCAGAAAUGAUUUCUGGUAGUGUUUCCCUUGUUAUUUUUUUUUUGUUGUUCUGCCAUAUGUAUUUCUAUGUUCUGAUUAAGCAUCUAGAUACCACUUUUCCGUGUAUCCUGAUACUUCAAAAAUGAUAUAUACAGGUUGAAGAAGUUAAUUUAAUGGAAUUUUACCGAAAAGAAAUUAUUGGUAGAAAGAA